UUCUGCUCUAGACCUACAGGUUGGUCAAUCCAGCGUGGGACUGUGAUGUUGUCCAGCAAGAUCAUUUGUCUGAAUCACCGCAGUGAAAUGGCCACAUGUAUGACAGAUGAAAUUGUAGGUCCUCUUCGACAAAAACACACACACACAUUAAACACACACACAUUUAAAACUCUCACAGGUUGUUCACGCUCACAAAAAGUCACCUUGUACUUAAGGUAGCCCUUAAACUCUGAUGUAAAUCAGUGAUUCGAUUAAAUUAUUGCCUCAACUGAAAUCAGUACCGAGCAUCGUCUUGGUGAAUCAUUUAUGGAGCGUCAGCCUGCAGAAUGGCUUGGCAGUUUCGUUUCAGCUUGCACUAUAGAUUGGUAAAACUCCCGACAAAGACCAGACGAUUUCCUCCUGAAAAGACAUCCGCGUGUGAGUUUUUUCGUAGCGGUUCAUGCUUUUGCAAUGAUCUGUGGCUUCGCCAAACUGUUUAAGCAAAGACGCCUAUUGAGAGUGGAUAUUUAUCGUGUUGCGAAAUGGCUGAGCUUUCGGGAUUACCUCUGGAAGUCCCCUUGUAUUUCCAUUCAGCGUUUCUCAUUUUGUUUUAGAAAGUACCUUUACUAAAACUGCCAUCUGAACACCAUACAGCAGGGUGCAGUUUGCUGUAAUGUGUAUGGUGUCCCAGAAUGAAUCUUAUAUGUUUAUCAAACUACUCAACUCCACAUGCAUGUUUUAUCUUGGGGCAUCAUUCCGGGUACAGUCUACUGCCAGACAGAGCAUGGUUUGAUUAGGUAUUAGGUAUUACCAGAGUUUCCAACUGAAAAUCAUAGCUGUUGUGAUACCCGGCUCGUCCGUUCCUCUUUAUGCCACGCCCCUCAUUUACCACGUGUGCAAUCCCGGUUGUGGCCAGCUGUUUCGUGUUAUUUCUGCUUAGUCCUGUGUAUCUUAGUCCGCGUCUGAGUCCGUUUCCCUAGGUCUGUCUUUGAAGCUGGUUUGUCGUCCGUCUUUGGCUUUAUGUAUUCCCCGACAAUAAAGCCCUCGUUUCCCCGACUACCUGGACUGCUCCUUCUCUGUUCCUGCACUGUCCCCGCACGACGUGACAGCUGUAAUGUUUUGAAGGCACGGCGAUCAGUAUGAUUGGGGUGGCGAGUGGCGCUUUUAUAUAGGCCAACCAGCUCAUCUUCUUAAGGCUGAAUCAAAGGUGCUGUUUGACGGCUACAGUUGUAACCACUCACAUGGAUCUCAAUCCCAUCAGCCAUCGAAGAGGCACAUUUUUUAGGGGAGGGGUAAGGGUUAGAGGUAGCUGGCCUUAAUGUUUAUGGCCAUAAUCUGACACAAAUGAGCAUAUUAAAAUCAUUUCCAUUAAAGAGGCAGUGUUUCAGUCGGCCGUGUGGGAAGAAUGCAUUAUGGGUUAGCUACCUGUUAAAUACUGAGACAGUAUCUUAAAGAGCAAAAGGGUAGAUGCAUCUGGUGGUUUGACUCACAAAUAUCGGUAUCAGGAUGAGCGGCGACAGAAUGAACUGAACUACUGAGCAUUUUUUUGUAAGAUCCCGGGAGUCACUUCAAAGGCUUAAGGUAUCCGUCCAGUAGCUAAACCUCACCGAAUGCACAGACAGUUCUUAAAUGUGCCUCUGCCGCCCGCCGUCAAUGAACAACUUUGCCUCCUCCACCACCCCCCGAGACAUCCGUCACCUAAGCAAACUGCAGAACUUUGGUCUUGCUCUCUCAGUCAAGGAGGUGGAGGGAGGAGAGGAGAAAGGGUGGGGGAUUACCUCCCCGAAGUGGCCCCACCUCUCCGAGCGUUGUGUAAACAAGAAAGUACCUUUAGCACCUCCGUUUGUGCUGCCUGCACCAUACGCCAGGAGGAGGAGCAGCCGUGGCGGAGAGCGACCUGGGAGCAGUGGGAGAGAGCCAGUAGAGUUGACCAGCUAUCAAGCCUCCCAGAGCACUACUGGGGGGAGCGAGGUACAGGGAGGACGGCUUACUGGCCCCAGGAAACAGCGAGAGGUUUGGGCAUAAUGACCGCUGAAGACUCCACCUCAAUGAGUAAGCCAAGUUCCUCCAGUUCCAAGGCCUCCUGCCACUCCCACCCUGCCCCCGUCGCUGUGCCAGAGAGUGUAGCUGGAGCUCCCAACGAGAGUGCCCUGGUGGCCCUUAUGGAGCGCACGGGCUACAAUAUGGUCCAGGAGAACGGCCAGCGCAAGUAUGGGCCGCCACCCGGGUGGGAGGGACCUUCGCCUCCUAGGGGCACUGAGAUUUUUGUGGGCAAGAUCCCACGGGACGUGUACGAGGACGAGCUGGUCCCCGUGUUCGAGUCGAUAGGUCAGAUCUAUGAGAUGCGCCUUAUGAUGGACUUUGAUGGGAAGAAUCGCGGCUACGCCUUCGUGACGUACACGCGGAAGGCCGAUGCCAAGCGGGCCGUGCGGGAGCUCAACAACUACGAGGUGCGUCCCGGGCGCCUGCUGGGCGUCUGCUGCAGCGUGGACAACUGCCGCCUCUUCAUCGGGGGCAUCCCCAAGACCAAGAAGCGCGAGGAGAUCUUGGAGGAGGUCUCCAAGGUGACGGACGGGGUUCUGGACGUCAUCGUGUACGCCAGCGCCGCCGACAAGAUGAAGAACCGUGGGUUCGCCUUCGUGGAGUACGAGAGUCACAGGGCGGCCGCCAUGGCCCGCCGGAAACUCAUGCCCGGCCGGAUCCAGCUGUGGGGCCACCAGAUCGCCGUCGACUGGGCCGAGCCGGAGAUCGACGUGGACGAGGACGUCAUGGAGACCGUCAAGAUCCUGUACGUGCGCAACCUCAUGAUCGAGACGUCCGAGGAGACGCUGCGCAAGAUCUUCGGCAAGUUCAACCCAGGAUGCGUGGAGCGCGUCAAGAAGAUCCGCGACUACGCCUUCGUGCACUUCGCCAGCCGCGAAGACGCCGUCUUGGCCAUGGACAAGCUCAACAGCUCCGACAUAGAGGGCUCCUGCAUAGAGGUGACCCUGGCCAAGCCGGUGGAUAAGGAGCAGUACACACGCUACCAGAAAGCCUCCAAGGGUACCCCAGCUCCAGAGAACUCUCAACCUAAUUACAUUUACCAGUGUGACCCCUAUGCUCUCGCCUACUACGGAUACCCUUACAACACACUGAUAGGACCCAACCGAGACUACUUCAUCAAAGCAGGUACUGUAAGGGGCCGAGGGCGUGCGGCCACCGGGAGUAGGGGCCCUGGUCCCCGGGGCUCCUACCUGGGGGGGUACUCAGCUGGCCGUGGCAUCUACAGCAGAUACCAUGAGGGUAAAGCAAAGCAGCAGGACAAGACCUAUGAGUUGGUCCCCAGCCUGGAGCUGGCUACAGUCAACCCAGCGGGCAUCAAGCCUGGCUCAAGUCACUUGCCUCUGCCUGCCUUAGGAGCCCAGUACCCCAUGUUCUCCGCCAGCCCUGCUGCUAAGCUCAUGGAGGACGGAAAGCUGCAUGCCCUGGACCAUCUCAUCAGCCCCCUCCCCAUGCAGCCUGACCACACGGCUCCCCCUGGAGCGUCAGCCGUCAUGCCUGCCGUCUCCACCCCUCCCCCUUUCCAGGGUCGCCCGCUCACCCCAGUGUACGCUGUGGCGCACGGCGUGCAGCGCCUUCCUGCUGCCGCAGGCCUGUACGGCGCUAGCUACGUGCCCAUUGCCACGCCCACUGGCACCGCCCUGGCCACCCUGCAGAAGAAUGCGGGCAUGACUGCAGCCAGCUAUGCCAGCUACACCGGGUACAUACCACAGCCCUUUCCAGCUGGAGCCUUCCCGGUGCCCGUCCACGACAUCUACCAACCCUACUGAAGGAGUCGCCCGAACACUGAAGGAGCCGUUUGGCAUUUCCAAAGCACUCAUUCCUCUGGAACAUUCCAUCGCACGCGUGUCCCAGUGAGGCCAUUUGCGUCUGCGACAGACCAGUAUUACUGGUAGAGGAUUAAGCGCAUGUAUAGCAAAAGUGAAAA